AUGAAAGAACAGCGCAUUGAUGCAGAGAAGCAUGAUUCCCUGGAUUGGAGAUACCCGGAUGGUGGUCUUCGUGCAUGGUUGGUUGUCCUGGGGUGUUUCAUGUACGCGACUACAAUCAUGGCGUACGGUCUUACAUGGGGUGUUUUUCAAGAUUAUUACCACACAAACAUGUUCCCUAAUACUAGUCUGAGUAUUCUCAGCUUGGCGGGUGGAUUGCAAAAUUUUCUAAUGAACUUUACGGCGUACCUGUCAGGCGGUCUAGGAGACCGAUAUGGAUACAAGGUUCGCUCGUCGAGAUUUCACUCGCGGGCGAGAUUGAUUGCCCUAAGCAGCUUUCUCGCUUAUCUCUGCCUCCUAGCUUCGGCAUUUACGACAAAGCUCUUUCACGUCUUCUUAUUUCAAGGCGUCUUCCUAGGAAUAUCCCAUGGGUUAUCUAUGCCGCUUUAUAUGUCCCUGCCCUCGCAGUGGUUCCUCAAGAAGCGUGGUCUCGCCACGGGACUGGCAGUCAGCGGAGCAGGGAUAGGUGGCGGAAUACAGUCACUGGUCGUGCGAAAAUUACUGGUGAAAGUGGGGUUUAGAAACACUUUGCUAAUCUAUAGCUCCAUGCAUGGUGUCGUGUGGAUCGUGGCUUUGUGUCUCAUCAAGGAACGCCGAAGCCCAGAUCAAGUGCAACAAAAGAAGCGGUGGAUACCUGAACGCGUAGACGGCCGACUUUAUAGUGUGGCCACGAGUGUCUUUGUUGGUAUCUUUGGCUUCUUGGCGCCUUUUUACUUCAGUACUACUUACACAAAACAAUUCGUACCUUCUAUCGCACAUGACCCUCUCAAACCCGUGGUCCCUUUGGUGUUGAUGAACUUCAGCGGUACGCUCCGUUUCGUAUUCCUUAUUUAUGAUGUUGCUUCAUGUAUCAUAACUAACCUGAUCCACUCCUAUAGCUGGAUUCGCCUGGCGGGGAAACUGGCUGACUACUUGGGCCCUAUGAACGUGUUCUUCUCGUCCUUUUUCUUUGGAGGGCUCUUUCAGAUUUUAAUAUGGACUUUCGCCAAGACCUACGCUGCCAUCAUCGUAUUUUCGAUUCUUAGUGGAUUGGUCGGAUGCUGGUUCAUCAGUCUUCUUCCUGUCGUGUGCGCUGAACUCUUUGGCGUCGAAGGUUUGUCGACUAUCACAGGCUUGAUGAUAUUGGCGAACUCUCCAGGACAGUUGGCGGGUGCGCCCAUAGCCGGUGCAAUUUUCUCAGCAUCAGGGGGAAGCUGGGUUGCAGUAACGAUGUAUUCCGGCGGCGCGAUGGUACUUGGAUCGCUAUGCAUACUCUAUGGUGAGCUUGUUCGUACUUCUUCAAUUCCAGACGUUUAA